AUGUCGACUAAACACGAAUUGCAAUUAAUGAUGAAAACGUAUGGUUAUGACCUGAAUACGUUCACUUCGAAAGAAACACUGAUGAAUCUGUUACAUCUCCAUUCAAAAGCUCUAGACAAAGGAAUUGAUGUUCCGAAAAUGAAUGAUCAUGAACUUCGUCGUAGCUUAAACGAACACAAUAUUGUCGCUGGUCCUGUCAUAGGUAAACAAUUUCUUCUGAAUCAAACGUAUACUAAUAUACUUAAAAUAGGUCAUACACGUGCGAUCUAUCAACGCAAACUUCUGGAAGCUAUAACAAACGAAAAUAGUGAAGGUGCGGAUGAUGAUACCGAAGAUGCCGAUGAUGAUUUUCAUACACCACCGAUUCCUGAAGAUGGGAUUGUUACGCGAAGUGGUAAAACACUGUUUCCUAGUGCCCAAUAA